CAUCUUGUUGCAAUGGGGUUCCAUUCAGAUGGUUCCUGAGAGGUGCCUGACAAAGGUGUGGGCGCAGUUUCGACCUUUUGCCAGGGUGGGUGGUCCAGACUUACCAGCUCGCGCAGUGUCCUUGGCUCGUAAAGCAGGUGAUGACCAGGCUUGGGCUGAGUUUGAGAAACAAUCUCUGGCACAAUGCAGCCAAUGGCAUGGAGGGGACUUGGUGAAGGUUUUGCAUGCUUGCGCAAUUGCACAGCGUCGCCCACAUCACCUUCUUGCAAAGUUGGCGAAGGAAAUUCCUGAUAAGCUGCCUCAAUUUGACGUCUCUUCCCUGUGCAUUUGUCUUCACAGUUUUGCUCAACUGCGAUCCAAACAGACGGCUCUUUUGAAGGUGAUUUCAAGACGACUCCUUCACCCGGAUAUCGUACCUGAUCUCAGUGCCCAGCACCUGUCCUCCUUGCUUUACUCCCAUGUGCGCGUGCUCUACUUCGAUGCCGGGCUCACAAGGCUGGCCUCUGCGCGGAUUGCUAGCGAGGCGUGGCCUAUGGAGGACUUGGCUACAGCCUUGCAGGCAUUUGCAACGUUUCGCAUGGAGCAGGUGCGGCUCUCCACCACUUCAGCGCGUCAACUGGCUGAAGCGGCACCAAUGUUGACCGUGCCUUUGCUGGGAGAUCUGUUGGAGGCCAUGCUCCGUUUGAGCAUGCCUUGCCGGACUUUGCAGCUAGGGUUGGCCGCCCGCUGUUCCGAGCCUGCUGAAUUGGAAGGUUUGUCGGUGGACGUCCUGCUGAAGCUGCUGAGUUGCCUGGGAGAUGCACGCGAUGCGCAUAGAGCCAUUGCAGAAAAGCUCUUUGGGCAAGUUGAUGAGCUGGACCAUCCCAGGCGAUUGGUACAGGCAAUAGAUGGUUUGGCAAAGGCAAGACUUAGCGAGGCCGAGCUUUUGAAGCCACUAGGACUGAAGAUUGUCUAUCACAUGGUGGACUUCAGCCCCAAAGAUGUGGCGAAAACUGCUUCAGCCUGUCAGCAAUUGAUGCUCAACGACGGAGCAGUUUUGGAGGCUCUCGUGCGGCAGGGCCUGCGACGAGCGCAGCGCUUGACAUUGCCUCAAGCCGAGGCAGUGGUGGCGGCGUGUCGUGCAGCGGAGUUUGAACAUCCAGUGCUUGUGGAAUUCCUUGAAGGCAUGCAACAUCAGAAGAAGGAGUUGUCACGUGAGGUGAAGGAGAGUCCCGAGGCCGAUUGGGAGAACAUCGAGGAUGAGCCCAUAUUUUUUGAACCACACAUCGGGAGCGAGGACUUGUCCGAAGACCGGACGGGACGUCGCCCAAUUGUGUCUGCAGGCGAGGAUGGAGCCACACCAGCUUCCGAGGCCAUCCACGAUAGUCAGCCGUGGAAACGGGAGAGACGAGAUGCUGAGGUGCAAGCUGAAAGGACUUCUGAUCUUCUGGAAGACAAGGAUAUCCGGAAAAUCAUGAAGCAAGUUGAACGCAAGGUCCUCCGACCAGCAGGGCUUAAGAGCCGAUCGCUAGCAAUGACUGGAAGGCGCAAAUGAAGAUCAGGCAGCUUGUGAAAA